CCUCUGUUGGUCCACCUCCUCCAUAUCUUCUUCCAGUCACUCUCUUCCCUUACCCUUCGAGGUCUGUCGAUAUGGCGUGAAAACCAAGCGGCUCCCUAAUUGCAUUAAAAAAAGCAAUUUAGUCUCUUUCCCCACCAGCCACUCAUUCUGCACCCCCAACAACUCUGCUACUAUUUAUACAUCUCCUUCAUCCUCUUCCCUCCACCACAAAAGACCUCGCUUUUCUCCUCACUCUCACUUUUUGCAUUCCAUUGCAGCUUUUACACUGAAGAGCAACCAAGAAAUGGCCGGAGGUCUCCUCCGGUGGCCGGUGGUUCUCUGUCUCCUUAACACUCUCAUCAUUUCACCCGUGCGGUCCACAGUAUGGACGGCGGGAUCUGCGGCGAUGACGCAGGGGACGGCUGUCGUCGUCGGCGCGGCCGCUGUUUCGUCCACCGACGAACACUUUGUCUGCGCCACUCUCGACUGGUGGCCGCCGGAAAAGUGCGAUUACGGCACCUGCGCUUGGGGCCUUGCCUCGCUUCUCAAUCUCAACCUUUCCAGCCACAUUCUUCUGAACGCCAUCAAAGCUUUUUCUCCAUUAAAGAUUCGUUUAGGAGGUUCUUUGCAAGAUAAGGUCAUAUAUGAAACAGAAUAUCCUCAGGAACCAUGCAGACCAUUUGUUAAGAACAGUUCUGAGAUGUUUGGGUUCACUGAAGGCUGCUUACCCUUGUCAAGAUGGGAUCAGCUGAAUGAAUUUUUCAGAGAAUCGGGGGCGACGAUCAUCUUUGGACUGAAUGCACUCAAUGGAAGGGUUCCAUUGUCAGAUGGCUCUCUCGGUGGCCCAUGGGACUACACCAACGCUGCUAGUUUGAUCCGUUAUACUGUAAAUAAGGGCUACAGAAUAUCCGGCUGGGAGCUUGGGAACGAGCUGAGUGGCAGUGGAGUUGGAGCUCGAAUCAAUGCUGAUCAAUAUGCAGAAGACUUGAUGAAUCUUGAUCGUGUCGUCGAUCAAACCUAUAAAGGUUACCAAUUCAAACCCCUGGUGAUUGGUCCUGGGGGUUUCUUUGAUGCCAAUUGGUUUAAUGAGUUCAUUGUCAAGGCAAAAUCUUCAUUAGAUGUAAUCAGCCACCACAUAUAUAACCUUGGACCAGGUGUCGACCAGAAUUUGGUAGAGAAGAUUCUUAACCCUUCGUACCUGGAUGGCGAGGCAUCAACAUUCAGCAAUCUCAGAGACAUUCUGAAGAGCACCGGUGCUUCUACGUCAGCCUGGGUUGGUGAAGCUGGUGGAGCUUACAACAGUGGCCGACAUCUUGUCACCAACGCAUUUGUUUUUAGUUUCUGGUAUUUGGAUCAGCUUGGAAUGUCAUCAUUGUAUGACACCAAGACUUAUUGCAGACAGAGCUUGAUUGGUGGAAAUUAUGGCCUUCUGAACACCACCACGUUUAAACCAAACCCAGAUUACUACAGUGCUCUCUUGUGGCAUCGAUUGAUGGGACCGAAAGUCCUAUCGACUAAAUUCAAUGGGACAAAGAUGAUAAGAGCAUAUGCACACUGUGCGAGAGAUUCUAAAGGGAUAACUCUCCUCUUACUGAACCUUGACCGCAAUUCAACAGCCCAAGUGGUUGUUGAUCCCGGGACUGCUCAACUUAGUGCCGUGAAAUAUCACAGAGGUGGAGUUAAAGAAAUUAAAAUGGGAGAAGAGAUCACCAGGGAAGAGUACCAUUUGACCGCCAUGGAUGGGAACUUGCACAGCCAAACCGUGCUGCUUAAUGGAAAGAUACUGGACCUGGAUGCUCAAGGAGGCAUUCCAGUGCUAGAAUCCGUCAAAGUUGAUGCCUUGCAGCCAAUAAAUGUUGCGGCUUUAUCCAUUGUUUUUGCUCACAUGCCCUCCUUUUAUGCCCCCGCAUGCGUUUAAUCCAUUGUUUGCGUGCAUUUGAUUUGUAUUUUUUUUGUUUUUGAUUUAACAAGAAUGGAUUACGAAGUAGUUCAUUCUUUUCUUUGCCGUGGGUUAAAAACAUGGCUUUUGUUUUUCUUUCUUGUAAUCUCAGCCAAAUAAUGGAUCAUUAUUAAUAAACGAAUGAAGGGAAUGAUUUCUUGCU